AUGCUGCUGCUCCUUCUGCUCACAAAUGCUUUUGUCCUUCUGCCCUGGGCUGGGGCUGGAAGGAUCAUUGGUGGAAGGGAAGUUAAGCCCCACUCCAGGCCCUACAUGGCUCAUUUAGAAAUUAAAAAUAACUCCCAAACUGGUUACUGUGGAGGGUUCCUGAUUCGCCCAGACGCAGUGCUCUCAGCAGCUCACUGUGUGGAUAUAGAAGGGACAGUGAGGGUCACUGUGAUUCUGGGAGCCCACGACGUGACCAGCCGCGAGCAAAGCCAGCAGAAGAUCCGUGUUGGACAAUGGGUCAUCCAUCCUGAAUAUUCCCCAGAUGACUUAAAAAAUGACAUUGUGCUGCUGAAGCUGAAGACAUUGGCCAAGAUCAACGACAAUGUGCAAUGUAUCUCCAUUGCCAGGAGAAAUGAACAUCUGAGAGAAGGAGCUUUAUGUAGGGUGUCUGGCUGGGGCUUGACAUCUGACAAAGGAAACGGGAGUAAUGUGUUGAGGGAGGUGAAACUGCAGGUGCAAAAGGAGAAAAUAUGUCAGCAGAGUUCCAGUGACUACCAGCGUCAGUCCAUGAUCUGUGUUGGUGAUGAAUGCCGUAAAAAAGCAUCUUACCAG